CUCCACCAAAAUGUAGAUCGACGUCACCGCUUCCGCCCUGAAUCCCCCUCCUCCCCCUCUCCCUCCUCCGGCGUCGUUGGAGCUGCUCGGCUGCCUGCAAUCCAACAUGGAGUAGAGAGAGAUGGGGCUCUAGCGGGGCCACCCCUCGGUAACAACAGCGACGACGCGCUUUUAACGCAUAACUGGAACCGAAGUCGUCGGUGAAAACAUGCGCUUUAGGAUUUAAAACGGAUUGUGUGCCUUGUGUGUUCGUCCGUGCGUGCGUGCUUGCGUUUGGGGAGGGGGGGCGAAGAGAAGAGCUGGAUUCGGCUACUAAAUUGUCUGUAUAGGUUACGUUACCUAGUGAAGGCGAUGGGAUAUUAACAGGUAUAAGAAAGGUGCAUUUGCGAUCCAGAAUAAACUGGGUGUCUUCGGGGGGAAAUAGGGGAAAAGCGAGAAAAAGGAGACGGGAGGCUCAGCCAGUCGAAGGCAAGCCAAAGAGCCGACACUCGCACAAAGGCGCAGGGGGAUUUAUGCGGAAUUGGAGACAGAAUCGGAGGAGCAGCGGUGAAAGAAUGACGAGCGAAAAGUAUGCAACCGCCGUGGUACAUUACCUGAGGUGAAACGAGAAAAUGAUAGAAGAAACACACCCAAACGAUGACAGCUACAUUGUGCGUGUGAAAGCGGUGGUGAUGACGCGGGACGACUCGAGUGGGGGUUGGCUGGCCCAGGACGGGGGAGCUCUGAGCAAGGUUGGGGUCUGCCGCCUCCUUCCACCAGAGCUGGCGCCCGUGCCGACCUCCUGUAGCUCCCAGUUCCUCAUCCGUGGUGAGCGGCUGCGGGACAAACGGGUGAUCCUGGACUGUCCGUUAAAGAAGGAACUUGUGUACACCAUAGCAACGCCCACGUUUCACCAUUGGAAGGUGGAAGACAGGAAGUGUGGCCUGUCCUUCCAGAGUCCAGCUGACGCCAGAGCGUUCGACAGAGGGGUACGGAAAGCCAUUGAAGACCUGGCUGAAGGUUCCACAACCUCCUCUACAGCACUCCAGAAUGAGGGCGAGCUGGGUGACGACGACGUCUUCACUAACACCACAGACAGCUCAUCCAACUCCUCCCAGAAACUGGAGAGCUCUCUGCAGCCGCUCGAGUCUUCGCCCCUCCAGCAGAGACACAAGUGCAUGCUGGGACAUCGACAUGACCUUCAUGACCCCUACCGGCUCUCAGACCACUACUUCAUGGACCAGCCGUUGUCUCGGCUUCCCCGUCAUGUCACCUUCCAGGAGGACGAGGAAAUCGUCCGCAUCAAUCCCCGGGAGCGCAGCUGGGAGCGAACCACCGAGCGUCACUAUGGACGGCAGUCAGAUCGCCCCUGGCUCACGGGCUACGAGGACUACCGCCACGCCACUGUGCGUGACAAGUUCAUCCAAAUGGACGACUCAGAGUCCUACGUCCACUUCGCCAAGACGGAGGCGCAGAAGCACGACUACACCUAUCCUCUGGCACCAUCCCUGUUGCCCUCAGACUCUGACCCUGCCCUCGGACCCUUGGUUAAUAAGGGCCCCGGUGGUUUGUAUCGCCAGGGCUUCUCCCCUGUGGUGUCCGCUCAGCCCCGCUCCUUCCUCCCGAGCUCCUCAUCGUCCAUCAAUGGCGGAAAGGGGCGGAAGGAGGACGGGUUGGAGCGAGCUCAGUGCGAGCACUGCGGCGAAGCCUUUUACAUCUCUGACAACCGGAGAGGCCGGUGCCACGAUGCGCCGGACCCUGUGCGGGCGUGCAUCCAGCGGGUCAGCUGCAUGUGGCUGGCAGACACCAUGCUAUACCACUGCAUGUCCGACCCAGAGGGGGACUACUCGGAUCCCUGCUCCUGUGACAGGGGCGAGGGCAGCGGGGGAGGCCGAUUCGGCUCACGGUGGCUAGCUCUGUUUGGCUUGUCUCUGGUGGCACCCUGCCUGUGCUUCUAUCCUCCUCUCCACGCUUGCCAUCGGGCGGGGCUCAGGUGCGGCUGCUGCGGAGGCCGACACAAGGCCCUGAGCUGAGCAGCCGCACUUGGAAACCUCUCAGAGGAAAACAACAAAAACCUAAACCCAACGCAAGCACAGGGAAAGGGAAGGAUGGGGUAAUACACAGAGGGGACAAGUGGUAGUGGCUGCUCACUCUUUUGCCUUGGUUUCUCUGGGAUUCUCUACAAAUUCCAGACACUGAAAUAAGCCAAAAAACAACAACUGUUGGUGCAUUUUCUGAACAGCCUGGGAAGAUAAGCUCCCCCUCACGGCAGACAGUUCUCUCAGCUCUCCACGUGGCCAUUUCAUGCUCUGUUUCUAGUGAGAGAGCACUCUUUUUCAGGGGGCCUUUUUUUUGUUUUUUAUAUAGCUGACCUAUAUGUCAUGUAUCACAUAUGCAGGUACUUUAUACUUUGUACACUGACUCGGCGUCAAAGAACUUGAAUUGUUUCUUUGUCCUAUUUUGUUCUCUCCUUUGAUGUACGCGUGGCCAUUUUGUUUGUAUUCUAUUCCAAAAUAAGGCCCGCUCAGCUCAACUCCGCCUACAAAGAGAAAUCAGACACUACACCUCUUUGCGUGCGUGCGUGUGCGUGUGUGUGUGUGUGUGUGUGUGUGGAUGUUGAUGGUAUAUGUGCAUGCUUACAAUGUGCGCUGAGGCCUUUUGUUGUCUGUACUGCAGCUUAUGGUAAAGCUCAUGUGUAUAUAGUCUCCAUAGCUCUCCACCAUCAACAUCUUCUUUAAUUGAAACAAACGUGGUACUUAUCUUUAUAUUCUAAUAUCCCAAAGAUUCAUGUUUUUAUCCUAUUUAUUUUCUCCCAUAAUGGAUCUACCAGCAAAUAGGUGCUGGGUUGUGGUUCACUCACUAAUCGAGACGGUAGUCCAAGUCAUGCUAAAAUCGUCCAGCAUCCAGCUCCCUGCUCCUUUCACGUUAUUUCAAACAGUGCCUAAACUUUCCUCUAAACCAGGACCCCAUUGAGUCUCAUAAUACUUGACAGUUUUUUUGGCUUAUAUUAUUUAACCUACACUCAAAGUGGUUUGAGAUUAUAAGGCUCUGAUUUCCUCAUUCUUCCCAGAACCUCAGACAGCAGUCCUUGUCACGUCAAGCACUGAAAAAUCAACCAGAGAUACCGUUAAACUUGGUGCCCAUUUUGCCUUAAAAUGUUGACUCUUGCUCCAAACUUUACCCCCGUCCCUUCUAAAGAUGUCUGCUAUAAUGAAAAAGCGUGAGCGUAGUUAUGGCUCCAAGCAAUCAGCCUCACCACAUACUUCUUUUUUACUUGUUCUAAAGAAAAUGAACUCUUAAAAAGCUUCUCAUCAAGUGUGUAAACUAAGGACUAAACUAAGGACUAAACUAAGUUUUGCGAUGUACAAUCAGCCCCGUCCACCUAUGGAGCCCACCGGUCACAGACGUGGAACAGCAACGUCCUAACUGAUGGUCAUCUGAAUGGUUCAAUGAAUAAAAUGUUUUCAAACUAGUUUGAAACAUAAUAUCCCCCCACAAAAUGGAUGUUAAAAAAAACAAAUCUAGCUUUUCAAAUCUGUUUACUAGUGAAAAUUAGUAUAAAACCUUUUGAGUUGUUGCCAAAAACAUAUACUUAUGAAUGACAAUUGACAUGUACAAUGCCACUACAGCAAUGUAGUGAGUCUUAUUUAUAAAAUGUGAUUCUUUAGUUGUAAAAGGAAUAAUCUGAACUAAGGAAGUAUGUGUCUUUGCUUUCUUGCCAAGAGUUAGAACAGAAGAUCAAUAACACUGUCAUGUCCGGAAGUGGUUAGCUUAGCUUAGCAUAAAAACUGGAAGCAAGUAAAUCUAGCCUUAUGUCUAAAAGUAACAUAAUAAAACUACUGGUAAAAACAUAAUUUACUACCCUGUUUAAUCCGUACAAAACACAUUAUGUCUGAGACUAUUUCUUGGUCGGACACAGUAACUCCCCCCAGUUAGAAAUUGUUCAAACGAGAUAAGUAAAUUAGAUACAACAUGUUAAUUUGUGAGCCAGGCUAGCUAUUUCCCUGUCUUAAUGCUAAGCUAACUGCCUCCUGGCUGCUUUGUAAGUAAAUAAAACAAGUAUAAAUGUUACAUUAACACAAGAGACAACUUGCUAAAACCACAGUUGCAUGUGACUGGGGGGCGCUAUCCUUCUGUCCUACAGCGUAUUGGUUUUCCUCCAUGCCAGACUUGGUACGUCAUCAUGGGCGCAAAGGGUAACGUGAGAUGUUCCACAACAGCUCGACCAAGAAAGAAACAGUUACUGUUUGUUUAUUCAGGGUCAUAGUGUGUGUGUUGAUACACAAACUCUGGCAAUAGAGGGGAAAACCAAAACAACGUCAUUCUACCUGCCUGUGUCACCGGCUGUUUAGUGACACUGCAGCCAAUCAAUCAGACCCUCACAGUGACAGCACAACACUAAAUUGACAACGGCUUGGGUGCUUUAUGCUUUGUCUAAGCCCGGUUGAAGGCAUCAUUGGGGAAUAUGACUGGGAACACCAAGUUUUUAAGAAUUGAAGAAAAAGUAGUAGAUCAGUAGGGUCCCAUUGGAAAAGAAUGGGAGUCCAAAAGACAGCUGAAAUGCUGGAAACAAACAUCCACCCCUGAUUGUUUUGCCAAGGAAAUGUCACUUACUGUAGUUAAAAUACAGAAUGCCUGAGGAUGUCCUUUUUCCCUUCCCUGGUUGUGUUUGUCUCAUACAUCCUGUCCUGUGUACCAGUGAAUAUACGUUGUGUGCGUGUGUGUCCUCUCCUGCUCCUUGAUCCAACACUACUGGGAUCAGCGGAUUAUGCCGUCGCAUAUGAACACCUAUCCAGUAUAAUCGGACCCUUCGAUGAUGUGAUCUAUCAGGGACGGGGCCAAUCACAGUUGAAAGAGUGUGUGUGUGUCAGUGUUUAAUCUUUUUUUCUCCGUGUCGUCUGGUGUUAGAGUUUGUUCUCUGUCAGAGCCAUUUACAAGUGCCUGAACGCAUCUUCUUUAUCUCCUUGUGUAUUUAAAUUGAAAAAUUAAAAGAAAUGACUCCCUGUAAUGAAUUAGACCCAUUUUUUACGCUUAGUAUUUUUACCUCUGUAAAAAAAGAGCAAAAAUUAUAUUAUAUAUAUCAAGUGUAUGUUGUACAUUUUUAUUUCUAUUUUGUUUUUUUAAAAUAACUGUUUCUAACAUGUACGAUGGAUGUAGCUCUUGCUUUUGAGAAGGAACAGGAAGUACUUUGUAGAUACUGAAGGGUGGCCAAGUCUGUGAGAAAACUAAAGUGACAUGUGUGUCUUACCUUCCGCCUCCAAUAAAACGAGAAAACAGUGAAACCA